UUUAAUGCUGCUUUGUUAUGAGCCAUCACAAGGAGUCGUAAGCUUUCUUUCUUUUUUUUAUUUUUGCAAAGUGCUGUGAUAGAGAGCUGAGCCAUGGAGGAAGAGGGCCAGGACUGUUUAGAUUACUCACGUACGGUCUCGAAUGAGGGUUCAGAGUCCUGUUUCCUGGAUCCCUCCUACUGCUACCACCAAACAGAGAUCUUCUCUGAGCUGCCCAGCCAAAAAACCCUGAGGAAGAGGCCAGUGCAAGACAGCAGCCCCCGAGUGUCUGGAGAGGGGUCGGAGAGCCACAGGGCAGAGACAGUCAGCGCCAAUUCCAGCCGGGAUAGGGGCUGGGACCUCCUGAAAGACGACAGGCGCCCACUCCGAAACUACCCGCUCAGCAUCGCUGAGAAGAGGCACAUGAGGGAGACGCGUCGAUCCUGGAGCGGCCAGAUCAGCUGGUGGCUGUCAUGGAAACAGAGCCAGCUCACCUCCUGGCGCCGUUUCCGCGAAAACCUGGCGAACGCGUUUCAGGACCUGAAGCCAUGGAAGGGGCCACUCCGGGAGAUUGAGGGAAAAUUUGGCACUGGAGUGAAGUCGUUCUUCACCUUGCUUCACUGCCUCAUCUAUCUCAACCUGGUUUCCUGCGUUUUCAUUGCUGGUCUUGUUGUGGUGCCUACUGCCCUGCUGAGAUCAGAGUUGCUAGAUGUGAACGAGACCAGCACCCACAGAACAGGGGAAUGCAACAGCAGUGGUAUAAGUGAUAAGAAACCCUUCUACUCACACAUUAAGGAUUUCUUUUUGGGAUCUGGUUUUAUGAAAGACUCCUACCUAUUCUAUGGGUUUUACCCAGGGGCUGGGUUGUCCCAGCACUCCUAUAACAUCCCCUUGAUGUACCUGCUCUGCUCGGUUGGGAUCUUGUUCCUCAGUCUGCUCUGGGUGGUGACAAGGUUGGGGAGAGAUUACAAGGUGCGGUGGAUGCAGGGCCGACAGUACAAGACCCUGCUGAGCUUCAAGAUCUUUGCCGGCUGGGAUUUCUGCAUCCGGGAGACAGAAUCGGCCACACUGAAACAGAGCAGAAUCAGGAACGACCUCAAGAUGGACCUGGAUGAGGAGCAGUAUCAUCAGCGCGUCUCCGAGCGGACGGUGAAGCAGCGGGCUCUGCUCUGCCUUAUCAGAGUCGUCCUCAACCUGAUUGUGCUCACGCUGCUCGCUGGAGCCUUCUUUGUCAUCUACCAAGCCACGCAGGUGUCCCAGAAAUACCAGCAGUUCUCGGAGUCCUACAGCUUUCUGAUUGAAUACCUGCCAUCCCUGUCCAUCACCCUGAUCAACUUCCUGCUGCCCCAGGUGUUCCGCAGGCUGGUCAAGUUUGAGGAUUACUUGCUUACCACCCAGAUCAACCUGACCCUCUUCAGGUGCGUCUUUCUCAAGCUGUCCAGCCUGGGGAUGUUCCUUUUCUCCCUCUAUCAGCAGAUCUUCUGCUCUGGGAACUUGGAGAAUCCCAAAUGCAAAACCUGCAGAUACAAUUGCGAUUACCAGUGCUGGGAGACGAAGGUGGGGCAGGAGAUAUACAAACUGUUGCUGUUUGAUUUUCUGGCCUGCAUCGGGACCACGUUCCUCCUUGACUACCCAAGAAAGGUUCUGGUGGAGAAGUGCUCAUGGCGGCUGGUCCAGUUCAUUGGAAAGGAUCGCUUCAUCGUCCCCUUGAACGUGCUGAACAUCGUCUAUAGCCAGACCCUCACCUGGACAGGCCUGUUCUACUGCCCCCUGCUGCCCCUGCUCAACUGUGUCAUGCUGUUCCUCAUGUUCUACAUCAAGAAGUUCAGCCUGUACAACUGCCAGCCAGCCAAGAGAAUGUUCCGCUCGUCCAGCUCCUCUGUGUUCUUCCAGUGUGUGCUGCUUUUGGGGCUCCUCCUGGCACUGGUCUCUGUCGGAGUCAGCAUCUUCAUAAGCUGCUGUUCCCAAGUCUGUGGUCCAUUUCAGCGGUAUAACCUGAGCUUUGAGGUGGUGGCAGCCUGCAUCAACACUCUCCCAGGAGUCGCUCAGAGAGCUCUCUAUUAUAUCCUGUCAGAGGCCUUUGCCAUCCCCUUGAUCAUCUCCGAAUGCAUUCUGCUGACCUUCUACGUUUCCCUGGUCAGAGCGCACCAAGGCACUAUUGAAGAACUGAAAGAGAAGCUGGUCAUGGAUGUUACUGAUAAACGAUUCUUGGUGAAGAAGCUCUCAGCUUUGGCCAAAAAGUACAAAGGUGAGCUGGACAGAAACAUCUCGACAGACAGCAGUGGAGACGGCCCUUCAAGGGAGGGCCCGGUGGACCCCUGUGGCUUCCGACCUGCAAUGAGCCGCCCGGGACACAGCAAGGAGUCUGGGGGGGGGCCCAGAAGUACACCAGCAAGAAGAAUAAAUGAGAAGAUGAACCUUGUGUAGAUAAUUAUAAUGGUCAGAUUGAUGGCCGUAAUUAUAAUAUAAUACAUAGCUGUUUGGCUGUAGCUUUGUCAGGCUGUAUAGCCCAGUAUUUCAGGAGUAAUGUGAUGUGUUUAUGCUACUUGAUGUAAUUUAAGCAUCAUUUACUACUGUGUGUUUCUGUCCUGUUUUUUGGCACUGGUAAUAGCAUCGCUUAAUACCGGUUCCCAUUUGUGCCUCUGCUCAGCUGUGCAUUUCCUCCUUACUUGUCUUCAAAACCAGCUUCUUUUGUUUCAUAGCCUUCAGGGUAAGGCAAUGAGGAACAAGUCGAAUAACAGAGCAGUGCUGAAUGGUUUGGUUUUGCGUGGGGUGUGUCACAAUCCCAUGUAGAAGCCCAGCAAAGUGGCUUAGAUAAGCAUGAGAAAGAACAGGGACUAUAGAUCAAGCAUGUGGGUUAACAGUGAUGGUAAUUAGUAUAGGCUGCUGAACACUUCAUAUAGUAAAACUGGCAUGACAACUGCUGUGUUUCAAUAAACAAUAUCAUUUA